GGGCGCUACCUGCGGCGGGGCCGGGACCGGGGCCGGCACCGCGGCCGGCGGUGGCACGGCUCGGCACGGCUCGGCGCUGCGCAAUCACGAGGCGGCGGGCUUCCGGGAGGAGCCGCUCCCCGCCGGAGCCGCUCCCCGCCGCGCCGUGCCGUGCAGAGCCGUGCCGAGCCGUACCGAGCCGUGCCGUGCUCUACCGGGCGGAGCCGCGCCGGGACCACCGGGCGGGGAGUGGCCGGUGCUGCCCCCUCCCCCCCCCCUUCCCGGUAGGGCCCCGCACGGUGCCGGCGGCGCUAGGACCGCGCGGCGCUGGGAGCGCCGUGGCGCAUGCGCAGUGGCGCGGGCGGCGCCUGCGCGCUGCGGAGGGGAGCGGCGGGGCCCGCAGGGUAUGCAACAUGGCCCAAACAGAGAAGAAAGGCGGACUGCUCCGGAAAUCUUCAGCUUCCAAGAAGCCAUUGAAGGAGAAAGUUGUGUUGAUGUACGAUGAGGUUUUCACGACAGAGGACCCGAGUAAGAACAACCCCAGGUUUUGGGAGGAGCUGUUUCUCAUGAAGGUCAACCUGGAAUAUCUGGAAGGCAAGCUGGAGGCUCUGGAUGGGGAAGAGCUGAUGAAGAUAAAAGAUAACAUCAACUGCUUGUUUCAGCACUGCAUCCAGGCACUGGGUGAGGAGCACCCGAUCAGAGUGGUCAAUGCACUACAGACUUUGUGUGCAUUGAUUCGGGGUGUCCAUCAGAAGAACAAGUCCACUUCAGGGUUUGACAUCAUCAACAUGCUUGUGGGUUUUGAUAAGGCAGAGCUUUGUAUGAAGAAUCUGAUGGAGAGCUUAGACUCGCUCCUCUGUGCAGAAGGUUCUGAAAGCCUCAAAAGCUUGUGUCUGAAGCUGCUUCUCUGCUUGGUGACGGUGACAGAUAACAUUAGCCAGAACACCAUCCUGGAGUAUGUGAUGAUUAACAGCAUAUUCGAAGCUAUUUUACAGAUUCUGUCCAGCCCACUUAGUCGGAGGGAACAUGGCUAUGAUGCUGUUGUCCUUCUUGCCUUGCUGGUCAACUACAGAAAGUAUGAGUCAGUGAAUCCUUACAUUGUGAAGCUCUCUAUCGUAGAUGACGAGGCCACGCUCAAUGGAAUGGGACUCGUAAUUGCCCAGGCUUUAUCAGAGUAUAACAGGCAAUACAAAGAUAAGGAAGAGGAGCACCAGAGUGGUUUCUUCUCAGCCCUAACUAAUAUGGUGGGCAGCAUGUUCAUAGCAGAUGCUGAUGAGAAGAUAUCAGUCCAAACGAAUGAAGCAAUACUGCUGGCCCUCUAUGAAGCUGUUCACUUAAACCGGAACUUCAUCACAGUUCUGGCACAAAGCCAUCCUGAAAUGGGUCUCAUGACAACACCAACCAGCCCAAUUCCAACAACGCCUGUCACUCCGCUUGGAACCACCCCGCCUUCUUCAGAUGGUAAGAAAUGUAAUGUUCCUCUGGGGAAAAACUAUUAAAAAGUAAAAUAACUA